UCGAUUUUCCUUUCACAGAACCGCUCUGGCUGUUUACACAAGUGUUCACACUCCCACCGACUGCCGGAAGCCAAACAGCUAAUGAAGGGACUAAAUUAGCCAUUUACAGCUCUUAGUGUCCAGGCUUGAGGCAGUGAAACAUGGACCCACCAACAGGGCCAUCCUUGGGCCUCUACGACUAUGACCUGCUGGUUAUUGGAGGGGGGUCAGGAGGCCUGGCUAUGGCAAAGGAAGCAGCAGGGUUGAGGAUAAAGGUGCUUAUCCUUGACCUUCUGGCUCCAUCUCCAAGAGGAACCGAGAGAGAACUGGGAGGAUCCAGUUUCAACAUGGACAGCAUCAGGAAAUUUCUACAACAGGCAACACUGCUGGGAAAAGCUGUUCAAGAUUCUCAAAAGUACGGCUGGAGGUUCAGACAUGAGGUGUCACAUGGCUGGAGUGAGCUUGUGCAGGCUGUGCAGGAGCAGUUAAAGUCUGCCAGUCUAGAGCUGACGAGGGAGCUGAAGAGCUGUGGCGUCUUUUACCUCAGAGCUCGAGGGGAGAUAGUGGCGCCUCAUACAGUGGAGGUGACAGAUGUGAACGGGAGGAAAAGGCAUCUGACAGCAGAGACUUUAGUCGUCGCUACAGGAGACAGACCUCAGUAUCUGGACAUACCUGGAGACAGAGAGUACUGCCUGACCAGUGAGGAUCUCCUCUCCCUGCCUCACCCCCCAAAUCGAACCCUGGUCAUAUGUGGAUGUGCUGAAGGAUUAGAGUGUGCUGACUUCCUGUCCAGUCUGGGGCUGCAGGUCACCGUCAUGCUGCAAGCUGACCUGCAGGGGUUUGAUCUGAAAAUGGCAAAGAAGAUAGAAAACUACAUGUUUGUCGGAGGAGUGGACUUUCUUCAUCACUGUUCACUGAGUAAGGUGGAGCAAACUGAGGGUGUCAUUUCAGUUGGUGAUUUGGCUACAACACCACAACAGGCAUCUAAGGGGAGACUUCAAGUGACUAUUAUCUCCAAGGACGGCCAAAUUAAACAAGACCACUUUGAUACAGUGCUGCUCGCUGUCGGGAGGAAGGCCUGCACCAGUGGCAUCGGCCUGGACAGCGUCAGAGUGCAGUGCAGCCAGGACACUGGCGGGAUUGUGGUGAAUGAGAGGGACCAGACCAGCGUAGAUCACAUUUAUGCCAUUGGAUCAGUGCAGCAUGGACGCCCCUCCACUACUGGCCUCUCAGUGCAUGCUGGGAAGCUGCUGGCACGCCGACUCUAUGGAUCAGACAGCAUUUUGUGUGAUUACACCCUUGUGCCAACUGUUGCGCUCACUCCACUGGAAUAUGCUGCCUGUGGGCUGUCUGAGGAGAAAGCCAAUCUGACAUUUGGAGAGGACAGCGUUGAGGUUUAUCACAGCUGCUACUGGCCUCUGGAGUGGACUCUGCCUGCAAGGAAUAAAAACUCCUGCUAUGUUAAAGUCAUCUGCCACGUCCCCGAUCACGAGCGUGUUGUUGGACUCCAUGUCAUGGGCCCCAACGCAGGAGAUAUCCUCCAGGGUUUUGUUGCAGCGAUGAAAUGUGGUCUCACCAAACAACAGCUAGAUGCCACUGUUGGCAUCCACCCUGGAGCAGCCCAGGUGCUCACCUCAUUGACCCAAACCCAGCGUAUGUCUGAAGCCUUGAUGCUGAGGGGAAACUGCUGAGGUUAACUCCCUGCUGUCAGUCACUGUUGCCUAUGGCAACCGUACAGGACAGCAGGGAAGCGCCUGUGAUCUUCUGAGUAGUGAUGGCAGCACGAUGGUCAAUUGACCAUCCAAUGACGUCUUCACCUAAAGCCUGAAGGACAGGCGGGCGAUGGCUGAUGAUCUGCUGCUGACACACUUCUUCAUUUGUGUGUUUUUGUGUCUGUGUUGCUUUUUAGGUUUGUUUGCAUCUUUAUGAACCAUUUGCUUCGAGCAUGGCUUUGAAAUAUACAGUCUCAUUGAUGCAUUUUUAUGGCUCUCAACUUUAGGGAAGAUAAGAUGCUCCCUAAGGUUCUGCCUUUGAAAGCCUCUGUAAGCUUGAAUAUUGCACAGUUUUUAAAGGCUGCAGGAGAGUGAUAAGGCUCUGGGAUUUGAUGCAUUUACAUGGAGUAAAAGCUCUGGCUUAUACUUGGUGUUUUUAUUGCUAUGGCAUGAGCCUCAGGGGCUUUACAGCCUUAAUUUCAUGUAAUGAACUAGACGGGGAUUAUGGAAUUACCCAAAUUAAUAGUGUUUAUCGGCAAAUGCUCUCACUUUAAUUGAUGCAUAUGGUCUUUAUUGAGACAUUAGGCCAGAGGUUCUGAUGCGCUUCCUUGUUUGUUUUCCCUCUUUUAUAUUCUCUGUCUGAUUCAGUGCUGCUGAGCAUAGCAACCGUCUUUAAACAACUGUUGAAUAUUCAUGCAGGUCAUUAAGUGGAGUGCCUCAUACAAAAGAAGGUAGGACUAGAGGGCAGAUAUUUCUUAAAAGCAUGUCUCUGACCCUUGCCAUCUCAGCUCUGCACUCCGCAUUUGGAUUGGAAAAUGUACAUUUGUGAACUUACAACACAGAUGUGUCCUGAGCAAGGACGUCAUUUUAAUUCUCUUGGUGCGUCGCUGCUUGUCACGAGUGCGCGGGUUCCCGUCCACUCCAUGUUAAUGCCUGCACAUUGCACUGUUGCCUGCUCAACGAUUGUUGCAGAAUGAUUAGAUGCAAAUUUUACGAGGUUAUCCUCCAGACCACCUUCUGAUUCUCUCCCUGACAGACCUGCUUGUGUAAGUAAGACAGAUAUCCUAAUUAGAAAAAGUGCACAGGACUGUUUCUUUUGGCGUACGCCUGAAAAUGCCAUUAGAGCAUAAUUUGAUCAGAGCAAAGCAGCUGCUAUGACUUUGUGCAGAUCUCACAGCAAGGUUAAGAUGCUGCAUAUAGGUCUAUCUAUCACUGCCUGCUUGUCUUGGACAAUGUUCAGAGGUUUCACCUGAUCCUUGUGAGGUGUGCGCUCCUCCUCCACUAGGUGGCACUGUAGCUGUAUGUGGAGUAGGUCAAUGGAGCAAUACUGUACUCCUACAGUGUUUAGUGAUUCCUGGAAAGACAGAAAAAUAAAACGGAGACAGGUGUUUGGGUUGAA